ACCGAUCGAGCCUCUGCUGGUUGCCAUGAUCUGCUGCUACUAGUAGCAGUUGCUGUGAGGAAGACUGCGAGACUGGGGCGCUAAAAAGACGGACAGACAAUGGUCGGCCCUAUGUUCAGCCCGGACUCUGGCCUCAGCAGCAAUUCCGAUGAGCCACGGCCGACCGCAUCCAACCACAGGAGGAAACAAGAAAUUAAGGUACUGGAAGACGUUGAAGAAAUGGAUGCAAUCUUGGUCGAGGAAACCAUUGUCGAUUCAGACGUUGUGGAUCGUUUCUUCGCCGACACGGUAGACAACUAUAUGGCGGAGGAAGAGAUCGUCCUGUCUGAAGAUGCGGAGAGCGGCGCAGAAUUUGCGCUCACUGACCGGAGUAACAACUGUUUGGAAGAGUUUAUGGAGCUAGGCGAGGGCAGCGAGGCCGGCACCGGAUUGCGAAAUGCGGCAGACGGCGCACACGACCCUCUCAGCAAGCUGCUGGCGGAGUCUGGGCUCCAGUACUACUCGCCGCCAGCGGCCGAGCACUCGACCGAGGAGGAACUGCGCAUGAUGGCCCUGCUGGAGAGCACGGAGCCGGAGAGCGCGGAAGAGACCAGCCACUUCGUGCGCCGCAGUCUGCGCAAGCGCAGCGUGCGCCUCGAGGACCUGGUGGACGAAGACUCGGACGACGAAUCUCCCCCGCGGCGCAAGGGCGGCAGGAACAAGGCGCGUCGCUCCCGCAAGAACUCGCGACGCCCCCGCAGCCAGCCGCGAGACGAGUGGCCCGGCCCGCCCCACCACCAGUUUCCACUGCUGCAAGGCCCUCAACAGCACCAGCAGCAAUUCCUCCACCAGCAAACCCAGUUCCCUCAGGAGCAGCAGUCGGAAGAGCCUCAGCAACAACAGCAGGUGCCUCGACACCACCAGUUCGCUCAGCAGCAGCUGUCGCAGGCGUCCCAGCAGUUCCCUCAGCAGCAACAACCGCAGGUUGCUCAGCAACACCAGCAAUUAGCUCAGCAGACCACACAGCAGCAGCCGCAGCACCAGUUCAGUCAGCUGCCACAGCCACAGGUGCCUCAACAGCAACACCAGAUCCACCAGGAGCAACCGCAGCAGACGGAACCUCCGCCACCUCCGCACCAGCUGCAGUCUACACUGCCGGCAACGGCCGUAAUGGAUCGGAAUGAGAUGCUCCUCAGUAGCUGGAACAACUUCAUGUUCAACUACAUCAGCAGACUGCCCAAGGAUAAACUUCGAUAUCUUGAUUCCCGUCUCAAUGAAAGGCUUCUGGGCAGACUUCCUCCAAUUCAGAGAGAACCUGGCUGGCUUGAAGAACUUCUUCGGGACUAAAAUCUCCACUGACGUCAGAGAAAUGCAUUUAAAGCUUUCAGUACUCGGGACAGAGAAACAAAAUGUGGAGAAUCGUAAUAGAGAAAUCUUGUUUUUCGAAAAUGUUUUUGUAAGGCGCAGAUCAAACUAAAAUUUCUUAAAAUAUUUGCAAUUUUGUUUGAGAUAAAAAUUUUUUUGAAAUAAAUUGCUUAAUAUUGUUUAAGUAAAUUGAUUAAUAUUGUUCAAGAUAACUAAUUUUUGCUGAAAUAAACUGCCUACAAAUUUUGUAAAAAA